AUGCGACAUGCGAUAUUUGCCUACGACAGCGUUUCUUCAUUGUUUGUCUUCCCGCGCGGUUCAGUAAAUAAAAAAUGUUCGUUAACAGCACCCAGAAAAGUAUAAACUGUAAAAGUGUGUCGAAUAUAGCCCAAAGGAGCCGAUCUUAAUAGUACAGCAUUUAUUAGAACAAUUUCGCUCUUGCUUUGUUUAGAACUUUUUGUUUACGUUCAUAGCAAUGGAGAGCCAGUUAAUGUGUUCGAUUUACGAUGAAAUGGCCGAUCAUUUAGACGCAACGGGAAACAUAAUUAAAAACAUCGAUAAUGCCACAUACAUUCGGCAUAUAAAUUUAGUAAAAGACGAUCUCAAGUCAACGUCGGAACGGCAUCGAACGGCAGCCUUUCAGGUGCUUCGAAUGUUUGCUGAUAACAACAUUCACAGCAUCCAGACGGACGCUUUAGAUCUUUUACGUGCUUCUAACAUCGAUUCAGAACGGAAGAAAAGCAUUUUGAGCUCUCUGGGCCUAAACCGCAUCAAGAUUAGUUUGACUAAUCGGAACAUUGAAGACUUGGACACACUCAAUGCCGCAUGGAACACAACACGUUCACCUCAGUUUUCAGAAAUUUUAACAGAUUUUAUUGCUGAUGCGGAGCAUAAGCAACAUGCUAAAGAUAUCCUUCUCACUGUUCUCCUUCCAUAUAUUCUGGAUGCGGACAACAUGCAAAAUGAGUCAAUGGAUCGCCGAAUUAAUUUAGCAUUACAAUUCGCAUCAGCAAUUCCAGUUUCAGCUUUAACUACAAAGGAAUCUGAGGAGCUUACCGCCGGCAUUGAUAAGUACAUAGAAAUAAUUUCUCAGUUGAGAAUCCAAAAUAACGUCUACUGGCCCAAGCUGUGGAUAUUCUUUGUGCGAUGGUUUGGAACAAAACUGCACGAUAGGCUAAAUCUGGUCAACAAACUAUUGAGAGUCGUGGAAAGUGCAUUUCGAAGUUCGUCUAAUGAGGAAAGACUCCGGGGAUACGAUUGUUGGAAUGAACUGAUUAAAAAUGCCGGUCUCAAUGUGACUUAUUUGAGUAGCCCUAGGCAGCUGAAGUUGAUUUUAACACCGCUGAGAGCCAAGUUUUCGAAACGGGAACCUUUGAUCACCAAAAGGUUCGAGCUGUUUGUUUUUCUAUUGGAACAGCUGCAGGACAAAGCUGUUCUAGUUUUAAAAGAGUUCUUGGAGUUUUGUUUCGGUGAAAUAGGAGACAGUACAGAUAUGAAAAGAUCCGGCUUUGUGAAACGCUUGCCAGAGUUAUGUCUUAGGUGUACGGAAAUUUUGCUCCUGAUUAUAGGCCAUUCCCAUAAAAACACGGAAAAAUGUCUGACCGCAGAAAGCGACGUGCAUCUAAGCUCACCAGUUGUGAACAGUGACAAUAUAGAAAACCUUUGUCCGAAUGUUUUAGAGGCCGUAUCCGAGUGUAGUAAAUUGCUAGAAAACGCGCAACUGGAGUGUGAAAAGGCCCACGUCCUAAAAUGCCUUUGGAGAUCAUUACUCAUGCUUAUUCUAGAUGGGCAAAAAAAGCCUACUAUUCACAAGCGUUUCUGCCUGCUAGGAACAGUUUUAAACAAUCUCCUAAACGGUAAUAAUCCAUAUUGCCAAUCAAUUGCGGCCAUUAUUUUUGAAGAAACAGUCGCAAUGGGCAAGGACAAGGCUUUGGCUCUAGUGUUGAGCCAAUUAGAUAAUUUUAUGAGUGUCAUAUUUACAGUACCUUUGAAUGAAGACAGGCGAAAACUGAUUCAACAUUUUCUGGCAAUGUUUGAUAAUCUGGAAGGCGCCCAUAGGGACAAAGUGAGACAUCAUAUUUCUACUAGUUUCAUACAAUUCAGAACCAGACAGGAAAAUGUCGAUUGUGUUAGGGACGUUUGGAUGUAUGCAGUCAACGAACUGGAGGAUUAUGCCAAAGGAAGCUCUCUAGAUUUUUUGUUGUGGCCCGUUUUGUAUUUGCAACAAUUAGAAGAACAGAAUGAACACGCGAUAGUGUGUGAACACUACAAGCGCCGACUUGUUCCCUUCGUCGAAAAGUCGGAGGAGCUGAAGCUGGCUUUUUUCAAGCAACUAGAAAAAACAGUGAAGAACAAUCCACUGCUAUUAGCGAACGUUCUCACCAUACUCAAGAUGUUCCCUGCGAAAACCAGUCGGAAGGAAAUCGCUGACGUUACUUUCAAGAUGUUGGAUUUGAUGUUAUCAGUGCCAAUGACAGGUGGCAAUAAGGACCGAAUAGUAGCCGAUAUCGAAGUCCUGGUCAAUCGCCAGCUUGAUGCUGAUAUAUCAACUAUGUCCGAGCCAGGAAUUAUCCAGAUAGUUUGCACUUGCAUUCAAAAUCUUCUGAAACAGAAGCACUACCUCGCCUUGCCCCAUCUUGAAAACCUUAUAAAAGAAAGCACCGAAGCUAUCAAACCGCUGUACCUAAAAUCCCUUGACGUCGAUUUUCUCAUGGAAAUUUAUAGUAAGGAGACUGAAACUACUACCGAUGCGAUUCCGACAAUUUUGCAAAUGAUAAGGCCUUUGGAAGUUCAACAAGAACAGCCGGCUGCUUUACCUCUAAAAGGCCGCUCUGCCAAAAUUGCAAAACUGGUUAAAGAAAUUCCACAGAGUCCCACAAAGGUUUCUUCAACAACGGGUAUUCUGAAAUAUUUUGGAACAGACAUGGAAACUACUCCAACGAAAAUCGUGGGCAGUCAAUUGCAUAAACAACAAGGAAAGUCUCCUAAAAAUACGCCUACAUCUCAACAGAAGAAGAAUAAGACCUGUAUUGAUGAGGAAAGUGAAAGCAGAUUUGUGCUGAUUGAAACCGAAGUGAAAGUCGACAAAAACAACUUAACAGAUCAUCAAAUAGAGACUUUGAAGAAGCGUCGUGAAGACAUCCCUGCUUUGUACCAGGACCUAUCACAGAGCGUCAGUCAAAGUUUCGACUGCCCGCCUUCUGUUGACGUCGCGGCAGACACUGAAUACUUUAAGAAGCCCCUUGAGUUAAAUGGUAUCAACACUGAGGAGCUCACAGCUAUUCGACAAGAGCACGAAAUCCCUAAAAGUAUCGCAGAGCCAAAUAAGGACCAGGAAUUCACUGAGGUAAAGCAUGACGAAUCUACUAAAUCCCAAAAUAACAAGGUGGAGAAUGGAACAGCAGAUUUAGAGCAUGAUAAAGAAGCUGUUGAACUGAAUAAUGAUAAGACCGAUGAAGUCCCAAAUAUCGAACAGGAAAAUGAAGAAUUAGUUAAUAACUUACCAGCUGAAGUCCCUGCAGAAGUAGAACCGACCACUAAGAAAGAGGAAGUUGAGAAAUCGGAUAUUUCCAAAGCGAGCGCUGAAGGCGCAAAUAUGGGGCCUGCGAAUGAAAUUCCUGCUAAAAAAGUUGAAAGGAGAAUCGAUUUGGAAUUGAAGAAACUGAGCAUGAACAUUGUGGGGGCGAAUGAUUUUUUCUCGGUUGGUUCUAGAAGGAAAAGGCGCACUAAUACUCCGAACAAAAAAGAAUUGCAAGGAAAUCGCUGUACCGAUAUUAAACAUGUAACUGCAGAUAGUAAAAUAAGUUUUUCAGAUAAAGCUAACAGUGAGACCAAGAAGCGAAAGAAACUUUCCGACGCUCGUCGUUCAUCAAUCCCAGUUAAUCCAAAAGUCCUUACUGUUAAAGGAAAUCACAUUGAUUACUCUGGUGUGUUGUGCAAAAAUGACACGCAAAUUGACCCGUCUCCAGAUCAACUAGAGACAAAACUUGAUAAAAAUAAACGAUCGAGCAAUACAGAAAUCGAUGAGAACAGAAAAAUCCGGAAAACUAGUCGCAUUAGUGUUGCAUUCAAAAAAGUUCCAGAUUCGAAUCCAAAGGGCAAUGUAGGGAGAAAGUCUUUAGGCCUUGUAUCGCCCGCAGAAUCACUGAGUGAAGAUGACAAACCGUUAAAAGCACUCCUGAAAAAAGCUAUAAAAGAACCUGCUAUGGAGAAAAUGGAAACUGAUGAUAACAAUCAAGACGUAGUCAGCAAUGGUGAAGCCAAGGCAGAAUCUAAAAAAGUUCAGAAACAUCCUGGCAGGAAACGUAAGCGUGUCAGUGACAGCGACGACGACGACGAUAUAAUUGAAAGCUCUCAGGAACCCAGCAUUAGCAAAAAAGAACCACGGACUCCUUCGCGUGGUCGACGCAGCAAUACAAUCGAAUCGAAUAAGUCAAGUCGUAAAAAUACCUCCGUAGAACGUCAAAAACAAUGUAGAAAGAGAUCUUCAACAGUUGAUGAGUCCAUUGAGACAGUCGUUCACACAAUAUCUGCAAAUGGGUCAGCAAGAUCAGCAAGGAAGAGAAAGGUGAAAGCAAUAGUUUGUAAGCUAUUGAAUUUUUCAGCGCCAAACCUACCAAACGUUGGUAAUGAUCAUACGUACAUGUUAACGGAAGAAAACAGCGCGACAGGUUGCGAUGCUGAUAAAGAAAUUGUUGAUGCAAAGGUAAAAAGCACUGUUUCGAAUGACGACCUAACUAUCACCGCUGAGGAGGAAAAUCAGAGCAAAAAUGAAUCGAAAACGGAAAUUUCGCCCAAACCGUUACGUCAAUUACCGGAAAGUAGAACGGUCCCUCUUCGCAAAAGCCUAAGAAUUCAACACGAAGGCGCUACCCCUGACGAAAACACAAAAAGCCCGGUUUGCGACAAUAAUGUUGCUGUAAACCCUGAGGUGGAAGUUCAAAAGAAAGCUCAAACGGAAUGUGUGCCGAAAGUGUUGCGUCGAUUAAGGGACAGUAAAUCGCCGGUCGUUCGGAAAAGCCCAAAAAAUCAACAAGAAGGCCGGCAGCCAAAAGAGGCAGCUGAAGAACCAGCACUUGCAGAACGUAGUUUGUCUGCUGAGGACUUAAUCAAGCGAACCCAAAGCCAAGACACUCAGACGCAGGACAGUGAGCCAAUCGCCGCAUCUGCAAACGCUGUUGAGGUUAGGCUGGAGGUACCGCAAAAGACGGAGCUGACUAAGUCGGAGCAAGAAAUCGCCGAAAUUGAAACAGUUUCAAUGACUUUGACUGAUUUACCAUCGGAAAAUAUCACGUCUGAUCUUAUGUUAUACAUCAACGACACUCUGGUUGAAGACAAUAUCGUAGCACAUAGCAAAAUGGACGUGGACACACCUUGUAAUGAAGCAGAAAAUUCUGAAAGUCUGAUCAAAUCAGAAAGCGUCACCGAUCCAGACGUUGUGGAUGAGAAUCCUGACAGCGACCCCGUUACAGCCGACGUGCAAGCGGCUGUCGGCUCAUCUCUUCCAUCGUCGCCAGUAACGGUGGAAACGCCCAAUCGAAACGCCGAGUUUCUGAACAAUACAGUGGACAUUUCACCCAUCAAUUUCAAAUCGAAGUCAGAUUCUGAAGAUGAACAACUGCGAAAUACGAAGUUAGUGCCUAUUGCUCUGAAAUUCGAUUCGGAGGAAGAGCAGCAAAAGUCGCCGGAAAAGGCCGACGAUGCUCCAUUGAAAACCAACGAGACAUCCACAGAAGACAGUGCAAAGGAAAGUGAUUCGGGCCCAAAAGCGCCUGCUGAAGAUGAUCAAAAUCAAGAAGUCAAGAGUGCAAAUAAAAUAAGUGUGUUUAAGCCGACGACGUCGUCCGCGUUAAAGUUUGCUGGUCGUCGGAAAAUCAACUAUAUGUCGCCCUCAGUCUCGCGAAUAAAAAAACUGAUGGCCAAAGUGAAUCCGCAGUCGCAAAACGACGAGUAUCACACAUCAAAACCAGAAGAUAUUCUCACGUUCAGUCGAGAAGUUCCCAGUCCGCUAGCUACUCCAAAAAUAGGAAUUUUGAAGAGGAAGCAUCCAGAUAUUCCUGACGAUGAAGUGUCGCCAUGCCCCAAGCGAAAACGGGUGAACUUUAGCGAUCCUUGUACAACAUCUAAAAAGGUCUUCCUCAAAUACGAUAGCGCAUCGCCGCAAUGUCUCUUUCCGGAUGACGAUUUGGAUAAACAAUUCCUGGAAGUUUUAGCUGCAAACAUCGAAAGUUACCCGGCAACUGAAGCCGAAUCGUGUAGCAGUGAAGCGGAUUGUAGCCAGGAAUCGAUCAAUAGUUUACCGUUUCGAGAGGAUGCACCUAUUUAUCCAGAUUUAAUCAACUGCGAAGAAAACAUCGGCGUUAUAUCAAGGAAGCUGACGGCGCCGAUGUUUGUCAACACGCUACUAACCAAAUUAAACGUCAGAAAUUUGAAGACAAUUGGAGAUUUAGCCAGAUUGUCCGAGGCCAGCAUAGUCAAGCUGCCAUUUAAAGCGCCCAUGGUUUCUACAGUGUUUAAAGUCCUAGAUUCUUAUUAUCAGAAAAACUUUAAAAGCAAAGGAAACAUGGAAGUUUCGAUGGGCGUCUCUGAAGCUGCUCUAAAUAAAAAAACUGAUACUUUACCGGAAGCGGAGGAAGUAGAUCUGAAAGACGAACUGUCUAAGAUUGUAGAGAAAGCCAUAAGUGCGAAAAUACCACCAAAGACCAUCUGCUCAGUUGUACUGAGUUCUCUAGACCAAAAGCAAAUUCUCACCUGGUUUAAGCAGGAUUCGAACAUUGAAGUUAAGGAUCUUGUGGAAGAAAGUGACUUUCCUACCUUAGUGACACACAUUACCAAAACUCUAGGAGUCUCGAAUUUAAUUGAGAUGCUUACCAAAUCACCAGAGACAUCAAAAGACUUUGAAUGCAGCAUUAGCCAAAAUGUGGAAAAAUUACCACUGGUUCGUAUUCUCGAGAAAAGAAGCUUAGACGAAGUGCAGGCCGCUCUCUGGGAAACUGUAGAUAAAGAGAUAUUCAGCAAGAAGGACUUGUUGCAAACCUGCUUUUUGUCUCGGAUUAGUGUACUCGACUUAAAUUCCUUUUUUAACAAAUUGACUCUUGUUGAAAUUGGAGAUAUCGUCAUAAAUCGUUUAGCUACUGAACAAUAUACGUUGUUUGUGAACCGAAUUUUAAAACAUUUCGAAGGAAGUGAAGAUGCCAGUCUCAGUAUUCUCAAUAACUUCGACAUAAGUGAUCUAACCAGAAGCAUCAUUCAACGAGGAACUCCUCAAGAAAUAACGUCAUCAUUCACCUGCUUGUUUCUAUCCGCCGAUAAGAUAUCUGAAGAAUUGGUGCAAAUAUUUAGGGUAGUUUGCGACCAUUUGGUUGAUGAGCUGCCACCCUCUCAACUCAUGGAACUGGCCAUCGACUUCUUACGGAAAAUCCCUAUGGGAAAGUAACUACAAUUGUAUUUUCUCUCGUUCUGUUAGAGACAUUUUUAUGCUUUCCACGUUGAAUGGUUGAAGCUUGUUCUAGUUAUGGACGGUUUACAAGAAUGUACAGUUUUAUUUUGUUUAUAUACAGGGUGAUUCACGUAGAGCGUGCAUUAGAAGGGUUCCAACUUGCAGUCGUAUUUUCGUACACCCUGUGUGGGGCUAAAUGUAUCUAGCGUGGUUUGGGAACUAGUCGUUAUCACCGAAAACAAAAUUUUAAGUUUCUAAAGUUGAACUUCUAAUGCACCGUCUACAUAAGUCACCCUGUAUAUAGGUAGCGUUGUUUAGAUAAUCUUUGAAGUUCUCCGGUUUAGUUGUAAAUUGUAGCCAGUUAUUAAUUUUAGUUUUACUGCGAAUAAUAAAGUUCUUAAAUUAA